UUUUAUAUAAUGAUUUUUCAGAUUUUUCUAAGCUGUGGAUAAGGUUAUUCAAUUCAACAUGUUCCACAAAGGUGGAGAUGGUCGACCUCGAGGAUUUGGUUUUGAAGGUUUCUCUCUACCUGGAAAGAAACAAGAUCAACCAUUAGGACAAAGUGCUUUACAUUGUGUACCACCACCACCAAUGCUAAACAAGCAUGGUUAUACAGGAUUACAAGCAAUAACUCAGAAUGCACUGGAUGCAACGUAUGGUCUUCCUCGCAAACGACCCAAAACUGAGGAAGAGUAUUUUGAACAAGAUGAUGAAGAUGAAGGAAAUCCUGGUAAUUUAGAAUAUAUUCCAGCUCCUGGAAGUCCUUCUCUUGAAACUGCUCAGAAACAACCAGCUCGUGAAUCUGAUAGUGAAGAAGAUCCCUUAGAUGCAUUUAUGGCAGGAUUAGAGAAAGAAAUAGAAACUGAUAAAAACAAGAAAAGUAAAGAUACAAAAGGUAUUAGAGAUGAUAUUGAAAAUGAAGAUGAUGAAGAAUCUUAUUAUCGUUAUAUGGAAGAAAAUCCUAAUGCUGGAGUAGAGAAAGAAGAAAGUGAUAUUGAAUUAGAAUAUGAUGAAGAUGGAAAUCCCAUUGCACCUCCUAAAUCAAAGUAUAUAGAUCCUCUCCCUCCAGUUGAUCAUUCCACGAUUGAAUAUGCAAAUUUUGAAAAAAACUUUUAUGAAGAACAUGAAGAUAUAGCUCGUCUUAAACCAUAUGAAGUAGAAGAAUUGAGGAAGAAAAUUGGAAUUAGAGUUUCUGGAGCUGCUCCUCCAAAACUAGUUACUAGUUUUGGACAUUUUGGAUUUGAUGAAAAACUUAUUAAAGCAAUAAGAAAAUCUGAAUUCACUCAACCAACUCCAAUACAAGCACAGGGUGUUCCAAUAGCAUUAAGUGGAAGAGAUAUGAUUGGAAUUGCAAAAACUGGCUCAGGAAAGACAGCAGCUUUUAUUUGGCCUAUGAUAGUUCACAUAAUGGAUCAGAAAGAACUUGAGCCUGGUGAAGGUCCAAUUGGUUUAAUUUUAGCACCAACAAGAGAAUUGGCACAACAGAUCUAUAUAGAAGCUAAGAAAUUUGGAAAAGUGUAUGGAAUUCAUGUUAUAUGUUGUUAUGGUGGUGGAAAUAAAUGGGAGCAAUCUAAAGCACUACAAGAAGGAGGAGAAAUUGUUGUAGCCACACCAGGUCGAAUGAUUGAUUUGGUCAAAGCCAAAGCGACAAAUUUAGAACGUGUUACUUUUCUAGUUUUAGAUGAAGCUGACAGAAUGUUUGACAUGGGUUUUGAACCGCAAGUUAGGUCUAUAUGUGACCAUGUUAGACCAGAUAGACAAACAUUAAUGUUCAGUGCAACAUUUAAAAAAAAAAUAGAAAGAUUGGCAAGAGAUGUGUUAGUAGAUCCAAUACGUGUAAUUCAAGGAGAACUUGGUGAAGCUAAUGAGGAUAUCACUCAGAAUGUCCUUGUGUUACCUGCAGGACCAUCAAAAUGGACAUGGCUGACAAGUAAACUUGUAGAAUUUACUUCAGCUGGCAGUGUUUUAAUAUUUGUUACAAAGAAAGCAAACUCAGAAGAAUUGACAACUAAUCUCAAGAAUAAAGAAUUUAAUGUAAUGUUAUUGCAUGGUGACAUGGAUCAGGCAGAGAGAAAUAAAGUGAUAACUGCAUUUAAAAGAAAAGAAGUUCCUAUUCUUGUUGCCACUGAUGUUGCAGCUCGUGGUCUGGAUAUUAUUCAUAUAAAGACAGUAAUUAACUAUGAUGUUGCAAGAGAUAUUGACACACACACUCAUAGGAUUGGUAGAACUGGACGUGCAGGGGAGAAAGGCAUCGCUUACACAUUGGUUACUGACAAGGACAAGGAAUUUGCUGGUCAUCUUGUGAGAAAUCUGGAAGGUGCUAAUCAAGUAGUUCCUCAAGCAUUGAUGGAUUUAGCUAUGCAAAGUUCUUGGUUUAGAAAAUCUCGUUUCAAACAAGGAAAAGGAAAGAAAAUAAAUGUUGGUGGUAGAGGAUUGGGAUACAGAGAGAGACCUGGUUUAGGGUGUGAUGAAAUGACUAUGGUGACCAAUAACAGCAAUGCUGACAAAGCAAUAUUUGGAGCAGCUUCCAUAUCUAGACCAACAGGACCCCAGAGUGACAGACUAUCUGCUAUGAAAGCAGCAUUCCAGGCUCAAUAUCGAUCACAGUUUACUGCAGCCACAGACACUGCCUGGACUAAAGGACAAAAACCCAAAGAAACCAUUCCUCCCAAGACUUUGUCCGGGUCAACCGGAGGAAGUUCAGGGAAACGGAAAAAGAGUCGCUGGGACAGUUAAACAUCCCAGAAAGCCAUCAAGCUUGUUGUACAGAUUUCUUAAUAGUAAAUAGAAUAUCUCGGCCCGCGUCGUGCAUAAAAAAAGCAUCCGACAGUGGCUCGGUAGCAUUUUUACCAUCGCGAUUUGCUCGAUUCUAAUUGUUUAUACAAUUUUUUAUGAGUUGGACAAAAUCAAACACAGUAUACAGAUUGUUUUUUGUUCCUUUUGCCUUUUUUUUUUAUUUAAGGAAAGAAAAUGCACACUUUGCUGUUUUGAUCCUGUAUAUCUUAUUACAGUGAAUGAUAGGUUGUUUUUAAUCAUACAGAUAAAAAGAUAUAUCGAAUGUCAAAACUUAAAUGCAAAAUAAAAUGAUUGUCAUCAUCUGUCUAAUGCUUUACAAAGACAAAAUGAAUUUCACUGUAUUUAUUUUUAUAGAGGAGUUUUUUUAUUGAUAAUUAUCAUUUGCAAUAAA